AUGGGCACAUUGGCGGCGCUGAGCGUUACACCGAAGCUAUGGACAUGUAUCCGGAGGAGCUUGCCUCUGGGCGGAUGGCGUAUCGGAAGGUCCUUCUCCACAGAUCAUCGUACAAGCAGCGGAGAUGCGUAUUCAACCAGUGACAUCAGGAAUAUCGGGAUAGUGGCGCACAUUGACGCAGGCAAGACGACCCUUGCUGAGGCGCUGCUUUCACGGGGCAUGGAACAAAACAGACAUGGCAAAAUGCAACAGAAUCCCGUGCAGUUAGAUUUUAUGGAGCAGGAGAUCAAACGGGGUAUUACCAUACGGGCUGCCUGUUCAAGUUUCAAUUGGGGCCGCCACCACAUCAACAUCAUAGACACGCCUGGGCACACCGACUUCAGUGGAGAGGUCUUCAACGCAAUGAGCGUCAUCGGCGGUUGCAUCAUUGUCAUCGACGGCAUCAAGGGGGUGCAGGCGCAAACCAGGCACCUGAAUGCUGCGCUGCCGCGCAAUAUGCCCAAAAUUCUAUUCAUUAACAAGAUAGACAGGCCUGGUGUUUCAAUAGAGGAGAACCUCCAAUCGAUACGGGAGCAUCUCAGACUUACUACCGUCCUAAUUAAUCAGCCCGUGGAGGAUUCAAAAAGCAUGGCGACCAACAGAAGAAUUGUAUCAGUGCUGGAAGAAAAUGACGAGUGCAAUGAUGAAUGUGCACCGAUGCGUGACGCACUCACAGACUGCUUGUGUGAUAUCGACGACCAAGUCGCAGACAUAUACUUGACCGAUGGUCACGUGCCAAGGGACCAUCUCAUCGCACAACUACAGAAGCACGUAGGGGAGGGAAGAGUAACUCCAGUUCUCUGUGGAUCUGCCCUUACCAUGGCUGGAGUGGACCAGCUGCUGAACGCCGUAUGCAAACUUUUCCCACCGCCUACCACUUUGGGCGACCUCCAGAGCUCUUCUAAGGGAUACACGCUCGUACGCACUUUUAAGACGGUCCACGGCGGCGCGUCUCAGAUACAUGCGUUCUGCAAAGUGCUGAAGGGUGUGGCAACGCCCGGUAUGCGUCUCCACAACCUCGAGUUGGGUAAGGCGGAGCAAGCUGGGAAGAUAUUCAAGAUACACGGAAAUACGUACCAGGAGCGCAGCGAUAUACUGAUGAUUAGCGGGAUGCAAUCUGCAAGGACAGGGCACCUGCUUUCCACAGACCCUAAGAAGAUCCUGCCCAGCGAAUACGGCACAGCACUGUCUACCGUGUCCGCGGCAACUAGGUGCGUCUGCUUUGCAACCUUCACCCCCAAAAACGGGCAUUCCAUCGAUGACGUUGUCGAUGCCAUGGCCAAGAUGAAAAUCGAAGACCCGAGCGUCUACUACAAGUACGACCCCGACGCCGUGGAUGGCCUGGUGGUGGGCGGCUACGGCGAAUUCCAUCUGGAGAUACUCGCGGAAAUGCUAAAGGAUGAUUACGGGAUACCGGUUCAAAUCGGCAAGCUGACAGUGGCUCUAAAGGAAUCGCCGACGGACAUUGCGGAAACGUCGCUGUACACCGACGCCACAGUACCUGAGGUUUAUUCCCGGCACCAUGCGCCAGACAAAACGCACAUCGGGAUCCAUCUCAUCAUGGAGCCAAUGGAGGCCGGAACAUCUUAUACACACCGUGAACUAGGCGACAAAUCAACAUCACCACCAUCGGAGGGGUCGGCUUCACCCACCGAUGCGAACGCACCGAUUAACAAGGUCGACGACGAAAAUGUCGUGUUCCUCAGUCCAAACGGUUCGGUGAUUGCGCAGGCUGAUGCCAUAUUGGCAUCGACAAAAACUAGGGAGAUCCUCGCCAGCGUUAAGCAGAUGCUCCACAACGUCCUUGCAGCGGGACCUCUCAUUGGAGGCUCAAUGAUCAAUACAAGGGUCAGACACGGCAAAACAUUUAUGCAUGGUAUUUCAGAUAAGGGUGGCGAAAAUGAAGAUCCUGCCAAGCUCCACUGUCGCAGGUAUUGCCAAGCUGCCAUACGGACAAUUCGCUCAGGUGCCAAAGCCACAGCUUCCAGGGCGCUGAAAGAGAUCUACAGCAACGUGCCUAUUGAGUUGCACCAGCCAGUGGUGUCUCUCAAUAUCGUGGUUCCCAACGAAUACGUCGGAAACGUCACUACGGACCUGCGCAGGCAAAGGAACGCCAACAUAGCGACGAUCGCGAGUGAAGGCAGCGGCAGCAACGUCAUGUCGACCAUAGUCGCCAACGUGCCGAUGAAGCACGCAUUGGGAUACACCAAAGCCCUCCGCGCCCUUACGAACGGAAAUGCUACGUUCACAAUGGUGCCGUGCGGAUAUACGCCAGUGCCCGCAAACGAAGCGAAUCAGUGA